GGUGUGACUUAUAGUUGACUGUGUGUUGCUUGCAAGACGCAGUACUGUCUGCUCCCUGUCCACUGCAUCUGCCUGCACGCUGCCAUGAUCCCUGUCAUGAUGAUAAGGGACUGAGCCUCUGAAACUAACUUGUCACUGUUCACAGUUCACAUCUUGAAUCUACAAUGGACACAUCAAGAGUCUAUGGCAGUGUAAAGACAGUUAAGACUCCAGGGAAUAAGUAUGUAUCACCCCCAUCUCUUCACCCAGAUGCCUGUCAGUGCCCACAUUGGCAUCGGUUGGCUCUGAAACUCAGCUGUGCUGGGCUGAUCUUUCUUUUCUUGAGCCUGAUUGGACUCAGUGUCUUAGUGCGAUUCUUAGUGCAAAAAACACCAAUAGAAAGAUACAGUGUGGCUGCUCAAGAGAACAGGACCAAAUCAACAGGGAGAUCAACCAUACUAACAUGCCUGAGACAUUGGCAUCCAUAUCGGGAUAAAUGCUUAUUUAUGUCUCAAACUUCUGGGCCUUGGGCUGAAGGUCUAGCUGAUUGCUCUGUGAAAGAAGCCACUUUGCUACUCAUUGAAGAUGAAGAAGAAUUGAGAUUCAUUCAUGAUUUCUCAAAGAGAAAAGGACAGCAAUUUUUUAUUGGACUAAAUUAUGUGCCAGCACAGAAGAUCUGGAAGUGGAUAAACGGCUCUAUUUUAAAUCCUCAUCUAUUACGAAUCAUGGGCACUGAUGAAGAAAACAGCUGUGCGAUCAUCUCACAGACAGAAGUAUUUUCUGACUUCUGUUCUGCAGACAACCGUUGGAUCUGCCAAAAGAAGCUGAAGCAUGAUUGAAAUCCUGGGUCCUGAUUCCUGAUUUCGAAUCUCAUCUCUAUUGCUUUACCAUCUACACCCAAUCUCUGCAUUGAACUGCCAAUGCCAUCAGCCCUCCCAAGUGUAGGUAGAGGCACAGAGCAUGGACUCUAAAAACACCACGACUCUUACAGCUGCUCACUUCCAAUUUCUUUAUUUUGUAAAUGUGAAUGUACACAGACACGGAUGGGCCAUUCUAAGAGAAUGUUCUAUAGAUGGAGGCCCAGGCCAGCAGGGGGCACUGGAAGCCUUGGGUGGCCUUUGUUGAUGUCUGUGCAUGAGGUCAUCUGAAGAUGGUUGCAGAAAAUUGAUUGCAAAGUCCUCAUCUCUACCCCCUAUCCCAAGCUAUCUCACAUCUGGGCUACAGAUCAAAAGUCUUUGCUCUUGACCCUGACACCAGAGGCCCAUAGUUAAGGAGCUUGGUAAGGGAAGAGUUUGUUUUGAUUGAGACCUCCAAAUUAAACAAUUAAUAAUUGACUAAUGUUCUGAUAAUGAGAGUGACUCUAGGUAAACUGAACUCUGUCCAUGUGAUGCCUCCUACCCUGUGGUGAUGUACCAGAAGAACCUGGGCAGAUGCUGGUGCUUGGCCCUGGGCUAGUCAGUCUCCAGAGCUAUGAGACAGGAGGGUCUCUUCUCCUUCAAUUUCCUGUGAUGGCAACAAAAAUGGACUAAUACAGGGACUUGUCUCUUCCCACCUUUCCAAAGACCUUCCUAUUUUAAUUUUCUCAUCACAUCUUUCUUCCACACCUCUCUAUAGCUUAUGGCUCAUGCAUAAACUGUAGGAAGUAUGCAGCUAAAUAUUUGGUUAUUUUAGCAUAAAAUAAAUGACAUCUUUUCAAUUCUUCAUUUAGAGAAAUUAAAAUAAUAAGUAUUCUGAUAAAUA